AUGAAACUCGAUUUCGCUUUAUAUUUUACGAUAUUGUAUUUAAUAGAAUGCGUCACAAGUGCUUACAUACCCAUACAAGAUGAAGCUUUGCCUUCUAAAGCAAUGCAAAGACAAGAAGACUUCGCACAUUCCGUUUGGGAUGAAAAUGAAAGCAAUCUUGAUUGCAUUCAGGUGCUGUCUGGAUCGGAUAAUAACGAGAAUGUGGAAUUCAUGGGGGGAGAAGAUAUGGAUAAUCUUUACGCCCCCUCCAACAGGAACAUCCACAGAUCAGAGAAUCUUCACAGGAAGGACAGUCAAAGCAAUUCAAAUUGCCGAUUCUGCAAACGUGAUCCGAUGAAUCCAUGGCAAAGAGUUAAACAUCAGUACAGGAAAGCCACUCCAGCAACAAAACAGAAAGUAGCCAUUGGUACAGGUGUUGGAUUGGUUACUCUUGGUGCGAUUGCAACGCCUGUACCAGAAAGCCCAGCCAAGCGAGAUGUCAAUGAUGGAGAAGCACCACACGCUUUCGACCGUGAGAAUAUCAAUGAAGCUGAUUUACCCGGUAUUCUCUGCACCUAUGAUCAAGAUGAUGGUCAAAUGUCCAAAAGGAAUCAAUUUCUGCAAACUGCUGGAACGGCAGUAAUGUUUGGCGGAAUGGUAAUCCCUCCAGCUGUGGCAAGUGUCAAAACGCAUAUAUCCAACAGAAACAAGUCACGAGCUUCAGCAGUGCCUGUUGCUAAACGAUCACUCUCGUUCAAUCAAAUGGAAAUGGAUGAAGCACGAGAGUACGAAUCAAGCGAUGACGAAUUCCGUGAAAGGGGUGGUGGUAUGGAAUUCUUGAAUACUGCAUCCUUGGCAGGAAUGGUAGGAGGAACGGUUAUAAUGCCAGGAAUUGCAGCAGUGAAAAGUUAUCAGAACAAAAGAAAGCAAGGUUUACAAAAGCGUAGCCCGUUUUUUAAACUUUUUAAAAAAGCUGUCAAAGCAAUUCCAACUGCAAUAAAUACAGGAAAAGACAUUCAUGGAAUCAUUAAAUCUCGUCGAAAGAGAAGCUUGCCAGAAGAUGAAUAUGCGCCAUUAUUGGAAAAACGAGCAAGAUUCAGGCUGAAGAUGGGAAAAGCACUUAAUCACCUCAACACUGCCGGAACAGUUGCUAUGGUUGGAAGUACUGGUAUAGCCGCUCAUGGCGCUAUUAAAGACGGUUGGAAUGCAAAAAAGAAUGCUGCCGCCGCUGCUGCUGCACCACCACCAAGAAAGAGAGAUUUAGAGAUUGAUAUUUUUGAAAAUGGAAGAGAGAUUUCGAUCAUCAAACGUGAACCUACACGAGGCAUAAAUGGAGGUAGAGCAAGAGGAAGUCGUGGUAGUCGAGGUGCACAAAAAGAGGCUGCAUCAGCUGCUCGACACGAAGCAGCAGCACCAAAGAUGGGCAAAAUGGAUAAAGCAAUGGCUGGAGCAGGAGCUCUAAUGAGCGUUGCUAUGGUUGCAAGCUUUGCAGGGGAAGUCAAAGGUGCCGUAACAGGUCCCAAAACCCAAAAAAGAGAUGAAUCUGAGAAAGAGGGAGCUUUGGUCAAACGUGCGAGGUUCAAUCUGGGCAAGAGUAGAUCCAUGCCAGCUAGAAAAACUGCACCAAAACCUGCUGCUAAACCUGCUGGCAAAUCAGGUGGUGGUGGAAAAGGAAUUGGCGGUAAAAUAGCGGGAGCAGCAGGAGCUGCAAUGAGCGCUGCUUCGGUUGCACAAUUUGCUGGUGAAGCGAAAGCAGCCGUGGCCAAGCCAGCAGCGCCUCCUCAGAGAAAGAGAGCAUCAAAUGAGGAGGUACAAUUCUUGGUGAAAAGAGGUAAAGUAGGAGGUUCACCGAGGAGUAGAACAAAACCAUAUAGAAGUCCUUCCAAACCGGCGUCGGCAGGUGGAUCAGGCGGGGGUAAAUUUGGCAAAGCUUUAGAAACUGCGGGAGCUGUCAGUAUGGUGGGUGGUAUGGCAACACCUUUAUUGACACCAGUAGCAUCAGCUGCGCAGAGUGGUUGGAGUAAAGUGAAGGGUGCGAUUACGGGAAAGAAACCAGCAUGA